AUGGGUCCUCAGGAGCUAUUAUAUGGAGAUACCCAUAAACCCUUAAGGGAAAAUGAAUUAAUUAUACAUAAAUCAAUAGUUGCAAAUAAAGAUUAUCCAACAUUACUUGAUACAUUUGUUCAUGCAAAUGGUCUUAAAAUUCUUGCACAACAUUUUGCACGAAAUUAUCCAUCAAUACAAUCUUAUGAUGAAUGUUUAACAACAUCAUCAUCAUCAACAAAUUCUUCAAAUAAUAUGACAAUGCCAUAUUAUGUAUUUAUAACAAUUUCAAUAUUUCUUCGUUUACCAAAUAAUGCACGUGUUAUGUUAAAAAAUCGUUCACUUGCAUAUUCAUCAAAUGAUUUAUUAGAUGAAAUUUUACAUUCAAGUAUUUUACUUUUAUUACUUUCAUGUUUAUCAUCAAUAACACGUCAUCCACAUCGUAAACAAAAAGAUUUAAUAUCAACAUCAUUAUCUGUUCCAUCAACAACAACAACAACAACAACAACAAUAAAUAAUCCAACAAUAAUUGAUGAUAAUGAUGAUCAAUAUUAUGAAGAUGAUAUUGAACAAAUUGAAUCAACAACAAUACAACAAUUAAAUACAAUUAAUAAUAAUAAUAGUAAUAAUAAUACAAAUUCAAAUUUUUCGGCUAAAGGUACAGGUUUUGGUACAGGUUCAACACAUUCACAAUGGAAACCAGAUGAAAUAAUCCAAAUAGAAAAAUUACAUGAAGAACAUGUUAUUUAUUUAUUUGAUAUAUUUUAUUCAAUAUUUUCAAAUAAAUUAUCUGAAGAAUUACUUGAUGAUAAUUUAAUUGAAAUAAUAAAUACAUCAUGUCUUAUAUCUGUACUUGAAUCAUAUUUACGUAAUGAUUCUAUAUUAUAUAUAUCAAAACAAGGUGAUAUACAUCGUUAUUGUUUACGUUUAAUUAAUUGUUUAUUAAAUAAUGAAAAAUAA